UGCCGGCGCCAUGGGCCGAAAGGACCGGGGGGAGCGAGAGAAGAGGAAGUCGAAGAAGCGGCGUAAUGACGAUGAGGAGGAGGAAGAGGAUGACCUGGUGAUGGGAGCAGACUCCGAAGAAGCUGUUCCGUCUGCGGCUGGCAAACAGGUGGAGCAGUCUGUAAUUAAGGAGGAUGAGUAUGGAGCCAAGGACUACAGGACCCAGAUGACUCUGAAGGAUGACCAUUCCUCCAGGCCCCUUUGGGUGGCUCCAGAUGGACACAUUUUCCUUGAAGCCUUCUCUCCAGUGUAUAAGUAUGCUCAGGACUUCCUGGUGGCCAUCGCUGAGCCUGUCUGCAGACCCACGCAUACCCACGAGUACAAGCUGACCGCAUACUCCCUGUACGCAGCUGUCAGUGUCGGCCUGCAAACGAGCGACAUCAUCGAGUAUCUGCAGAAACUGAGCAAGACUUCCAUUCCUGAUGGGAUCCUGCAGUUCAUUAAGCUCUGCACCGUUAGUUAUGGGAAGUUGAAGUUGGUCCUUAAACACAACAGGUACUUUGUGGAGAGCACUCAUCCGGACGUGAUCCAGAAGGUGUUGCAGGACAAGGUCAUAAAGCAGUGCCGGCUGCGGACAGGUGAAGGAGAUGAGACUGAACUCAUCAUGGGCACCAUCUCCAGUAAAUCUGCCAUGUUGAUGCCCAAAUCCUCACAGAAUAAUGGGGCAGCCUCAACCUCGCGGAGUGGAGAGCCCGAGCCCCCUAAGGCUGAUGUCCCCGCAGACCUGUUUGAUUUCUACGAGCAGAUGGAUAAGGAAGAGGAAGAGGAGGAGGAGUUGCACACCGUCUCCUUUGAAGUCAAGCAGGAAAUGAUAGAGGAGCUGCAGAAACGCUGCAUUCAUAUGGAGUACCCUUUACUGGCAGAGUACGACUUCAGGAAUGACACCAUCAACCCCGAUGUCAACAUCGACCUCAAACCCACGGCUGUGCUCCGGCCCUAUCAGGAGAAGAGCCUCCGAAAGAUGUUUGGGAACGGCCGGGCCAGGUCAGGAGUUAUUGUCCUUCCCUGCGGUGCUGGCAAGUCCCUAGUGGGCGUGACGGCAGCCUGCACUGUGCGGAAGCGAUGUCUGGUGCUCUGCACCUCGGCCGUGUCGGUGGAGCAGUGGAAGUCUCAGUUCAAAAUGUGGUCGACCAUCGACGACAGCCAGAUCUGCCGCUUCACUUCGGAUGAAGAUAAGCCGAUUGGCUGCUCCAUCGCCAUCAGCACUUACUCCAUGUUGGGGCACACGACCAAGCGUUCCUGGGAAGCAGAGCGAGUGAUGGAAUGGCUGAAAAGCAGGAGUAGGGGACUGAUGCUGCUGGAUGAGGUGCACACCAUUCCCGCGAAAAUGUUCCGCCGUGUUCUCACCAUCGUCCAGGCACAUUGCAAGCUGGGGCUGACAGCCACCCUGGUCCGGGAAGAUGACAAGAUUGUGGACCUCAAUUUCCUCAUUGGGCCCAAACUCUUUGAAGCUAAUUGGAUGGAGCUCCAGAAUAGUGGAUAUAUUGCCAAGGUGCAGUGUGCUGAGGUCUGGUGCCCGAUGUCGCCUGAAUUUUACAGGGAGUACGUGGCAAUUAAGACAAAGAAGCGGAUGCUGCUGUACGUGAUGAACCCCAACAAGUUCAGAGCUUGUCAAUUCUUGAUUCGUUUUCACGAGCGGAGGAAUGAUAAGAUCAUUGUGUUUGCAGACAACGUGUUUGCACUGAAGGAGUACGCAAUCAGGCUAAACAAGCCUUACAUUUAUGGCCCCACAUCCCAAGGGGAAAGGAUGCAAAUUCUGCAAAACUUCACUCACAACCCGAAGAUCAACACCAUCUUCAUCUCCAAGGUGGGUGACACCUCGUUUGAUCUCCCCGAGGCCAACGUGUUGAUCCAGAUCUCUUCACACGGAGGUUCCCGGAGGCAGGAAGCCCAACGAUUGGGUAGAGUGCUGCGGGCAAAGAAAGGGAUGGUCGCUGAGGAAUACAACGCGUUCUUCUACUCACUGGUGUCCCAGGAUACCCAGGAGAUGGCUUACUCUGCUAAAAGACAAAGGUUCCUGGUGGACCAGGGCUACAGCUUUAAGGUGAUCACGAAGCUGGCUGGGAUGGACGAGGAAGAUCUGUCCUUUGGUACCAAGGAGGAGCAGCAGCAGCUGCUGCAGAAGGUUCUCGCUGCCUCCGACCUGGAUGCAGAGGAAGAGGUGGUGCUUGGGGAGUUCGGCUCCAAGGGACAGAUCUCCCGGCGUGCCGGCACAAUGAGCUCCAUGUCCGGAGCGGACGAUACCGUUUAUCUGGAAUACCAGCGGAGCAAGAGCCUCGGCAAGAACAUCCACCCUCUCUUCAAACGCUUCCGGAAAUGAGAGCGAGUGAACCGUGGGCCAACACUGGAGGUCAGGACAAUGUUUUUCAUGUUGAAAACCAGUGCACCGUUGUUUGGGGUAUUUAUUAUCACUCUCAGUUGGAGAGAGGUUGGAAUAAAUAAUUAUUUUCUAUUAAAUGUCCAUUUGUUACAUUUAGAACACAGAACAGUGGGCCCACAAUCUUGUACCAAUUUUGAUGCCAGUUUACACUAAAUUUCCUCUUCCUGUGCAUCGUCCAUUUCCCUUCAUCUAUCUACAACCUCUUAAAGUCCACCAAACCGCCUGCUCCUACUGCUACCCCUGGUAACCCAUUCCAGGCACCUACCACUAUGCAUAAAAAAACUUGCCCCUCACAUCACCUUUAAACUACACCCCCCCUACCCACACC